CACUGUGUAGACUUUGCUCCCGGGCACUACAGUAGCAAUGGUGCCUGUCCUGCUGUCCCUGCCUCUCCUACUGGGUCCUGCAGUCCUUCAGGAGACUGGGCCUUAUUCUCUGAUCUUCCUCUACACCGGCUUGUCCAGGCCCAGCAAAGGCAUCCCCAGGUUUCAAGCCACUGCGUUUCUCAAUGACCAGGCCUUCUUCCGCUAUGACAGCAACAGCAGGAAGGCGGAGCCCGUGGGGCCGUGGAGCCAGGUAGAAGGAAUGGAGGACUGGGAGAAGGAGAGCCAGCUUCAGAGGGCCAGGGAGGAGAUCUUCCUGGUGACCCUGCAAGACAUCAUGGACUAUUACAAGGACAGUGCAGGGUCUCACACCUUCCAGGGAAUGUUUGGUUGUGAGCUACUGAAUAACAGAAGCAAUGGAGCAUUCUGGAGGUAUGCCUACGACGGACAGGAUUUCAUCGAAUUCAACAAAGAAAUCCCAGCCUGGAUCCCCUUAGUCCCAGCAGCUGAGAACACCAAGCUGAAGUGGGAGGCAGAAAAAGUCUACACACAGCGAGCCAAGGCAUACCUAGAGGAGGAGUGCCCCACAAUGCUGAAGAGGUACCUGAACUACAGCAGAUCUCACCUGGACCAAAAAGAUCCUCCCACUGUGACGAUCACCAGCCGUGCAGCCCCAGGAAGAAACAGGACAUUCAAAUGCCUGGCCUAUGACUUCUACCCACCAGGAAUUAGUCUGCGCUGGAAGCGGGCUGGCAAGACGCUGGCCUCCAAAUCAGGAGGUGUUUUUCCCAAUGGAAAUGGCACCUACCUGUCCUGGGUGGAGGUGGACGUCCCUCCUCAGGACAGAGACCCCUACUUCUGCCACAUAGAGCACAGUGGACUGUCCCAGUCUCUCUCGGUGCAGUGGGAUGACACACAGAAAGCAAAAGCCAAAAGUAGCCCAGCAACUCAGCCUCAGUAAGUUACUCCCUCUGCGUGACAUGAGAGAGUUGAGCUUCAGAAGUCAAUGUCCCCCACAAGGCCACAUGGGCAGCUGUCCCACAGCUGACAAGAACCUGAGGAACAGGUGUGGGGACAGAAGACUUGAACACCAAGUACACACUCAAUGUCAAACCACCUGGCCUUAUAAAAUUCCUCACUGACUAAUCUGUAAGCCUUCAUAACCCCUCAUGCCUAAUACUGCAUAGAAAGGCAUUUUAACCUCGGAGAUGCUAUAAAAGUGUGAGUUGAUUUUAUCAUGUGUCCUGUAGAGUUGUUUUGUUUUGUUUUUUUAAAAACUCUUUGGGGGA